GCGCACACCAGUACACCACGCGACGCAAACAACAGAGCUGCCAGCCUGCCACUGAGGAGUGAGGAACCCUAAGCGGCGCACUGUGCAGGCGAAGGCGGCGCGCUACCGGCGACGGCCGACGGGGGAUACGGCGACAUCGUCCCCCUCGACCCCUCCUCCAUCCCCGACGCGGCGGCGCCAGACUGCAGGUGUUGAAUGCUGAUUUGUUGUGGCCUGUUGCGUCUUCACCAGUUCAUACAUUAAACUUGAAGAACCACGUGGUUGAAGAAAAGCCCACUGAAAAUGAGUAAUACAUCAUCUUCGUCAAGUGGUGAGCGUGCUAUGCAGUGACAGAGGGCUGUGGAGAUCAUAAGUUCAUAACAUCCUAUGUUAGCCUUUCACUUGAUCAUAAGUUCAUAACAUCCUUAUAUUCAUGCAGGGAUGUGAUAUAUGCUGAUAUUCCAAAGCUCAUUCCAUUUAUUGAUCUGCCGUGCCAAUUUGCCAGUUGGGCUGUUCCCUCCCUAAACCCCAGCGUCGCCUCCGACGAGUCACCGCUCCGUCGGCUGCUUGCUGCAGUCCACGCCACGCGCUACGCCGUCACGGUCGCUCCUCCCGUGACGCAGCCGUCGCUAGGCGCCGCCUAUUUCUCGGACAAAGUCGCUCGCCACCAUGGCGGCAGCGUCGGCUGCCGCAGAAGCCAGCGGCGAGAGUAAAAACGAAUUCCUCAUACGCGACGACGCGCCAGGGCUACUCGCCGCUCUCAAGGAGAUGAAGGACGGACUGGACCUCGUCAGGGGCAAGGUCGAGGCCAUCACGCGGAAGGUCAAGGCGAACCAGUUGCCGGCGGCCAACGGGAUCGGGUACCUAGAAGCGAAGAACCACCUGCUCCUUGGCUAUUGCCAGGACAUCGUCUACUACCUGCUCCGCAAGGCCAAGGGGCUCUCGGUGGAUGGCCACCCCGUCGUACGGAGCCUUGUCGAGAUUAGGCUGUUUCUGGAGAAGAUUCGUCCGAUUGACAAGAAGGCAGAGUACCAAAUCCAGAAGCUCACCGAUGCCGCUGACAAUGCCACUGUUCGAGAGAAACCAGGAAAUGCACAGGCGAAGGGGAAGGACGGGCAUUCGGAUGAGGAAGACCUCCUGAAGUAUAGGCCAAACCCAGAUAUGAUGGACACAAAGCCUGGUCCUGAUGGGCAGGAUACUGAUGGUGUUUACCGUCCUCCGAAAUUUAUGCCUACUAGCAUGGAUGAUGAAGAGAAACGUCGUAAAAAUGAUUCAAGGAGAGAUAAAGCGAUAGCCCGAGUGGCAAUAGAAAACCCUUAUAUUAAAGAGAUAAUUGAUGAUGCUGCAGACAGACCUGAAGAGUGGAAGGAAACAGUGGGCGAUGAAAGCAGAGAAUUUGGGAGGUACAUGCGACAGAGAGAAGAGCAAGAGAAGCAGGAAGAGGAGUUGUUCACUCGGGCUCCUGUAACCAAACGUGAUAAGCAGAUCGAGAAGCGCAUAAGGAGACAACUUCAUGGGCUAGGAGGCUUAACUGACGGUUUCGACCUUGGGAUGAACAUGCUGUUGGGAGGAGACAAGGAAGAUGAUGGCGGUUCAAGCAAGUCGCAUGGCAAGAGCGGAAACCGAAAGAAGCACCUGAAGAGCAGCAAGAAGAGGAAGAGGCAUUAGCCUUGGACCCACACUGCUGUAGCACUUCAACAUACCGAUACAGCCUAGAGACGGUUCAAGCAAUCCACACGGAAAGUUGAAGCUGGAGAAAAUACAAGAAACCAAGUAGAGAAAAAAAGCUUUGGUUCCUGUAGGCGUAUUAUUUCUGAAACAGAAAACUUGAUCUGAGCGACUGAUCCUGAGCCAAUGGAACAGUAUGAAUUAUAUGGCUUGAACAUGGUAGGUGUACCAAGUUUUGUUCUGAUAGUCGAAUGAUUGUUGUAUUAUUGAUUAACAAGACCAACAAUAUAUAGACUAGGCUCCAACCGGUUCAUA